UCGAAUUCAGUUUGGUUUCGCAUCUCGCCGGCGACGGACAGUUACAGAGUAAUACCUCCCAAGUUUAUAGUGUUUAUUCGGAUUUCGUAUAGCUCUCUGGGUUUAAGUCUCACUCUCUAUAAAGAUGACGGGCUCUCUGUGGCUCAGUUUGGCACUGAGUCUGGCGGUUUUGGCGCAAUACCAAGUGAGCGCCACCUCUAAUCUGGUUUGCUUCUACGACUCUCAGGGUUUCCAGCGGCAGGGCCUGGCUCAGUUCUCCAUGACCGACAUAGAGCUGGCCCUGCAAUUCUGUACCCAUUUGAUUUACGGCUAUGCGGGUGUCAAUGCCGAUAACUACGAAAUGCAGAGCAUUAACAAGAGAUUGGAUCUGGAACAGCGUCACCUGGCCCAGAUUACCAGCCUGAAGGAUCGCUAUCCGCACAUCAAGUUCCUGUUGAGCGUGGGCGGGGAUGCCGAUCAGAACGAUGGCAACCAGUACAUCAAGCUCUUGGAGUCGGGUCAGCAGGGUCAUAGGCGCUUCAUUGAAUCCGCCCGUGAUCUAGUUAGGCGUUAUAACUUCGAUGGCCUGGACCUGGCCCUCCAGCUUCCCCGGAAUAAGCCACGCAAGGUUCACGGCGAUGUGGGUUCCGCCUGGAAGAGCUUCAAGAAGUUCUUCACCGGCGACUUCAUCGUGGAUACCGAAUCGGAGACCCACAAGGGUCAGGUGACUGCCCUGAUCAAGGACCUGAAUGCCGCCCUGAAGCAAAACAACCUGCUGCUCAGUCUCACCGUUUUGCCAAAUGUUAACUCGAGCUGGUACUACGAUGCCCCCUCGAUUGCGCCCAGCUUGGACCUUAUCAACCUGGGAACCUUUGACUUCCUGACCCCGCAGCGCAAUCCCGAGGAGGCGGACUUCUCGGCGCCGACCUACGAGGCCGUUGGCCAGAAUCGCUUGGGACACUACAAUCUGAACUUCCAACUGGAGCACUGGCUGCUGCAGAGAGUGCCUGCCAACAAGCUCCACAUAGGAGUGGCCACCUAUGGCAGGACCUGGAAGAUGACCAAGGAUUCGGGUGACUCUGGAAUGCCCGUGGUUCAUGACACCGAAGGACCUGCUCCGGCAGGACCUCAGAGCAAGAAGGAGGGCUUCCUCAACUGGGCUGAGAUUUGCCAGCUGAUGCCGAACCCCAGUAACGUCAAUGCCAGAGGACCGAGUGCCCCGGUGAAGAGGGUUAUUGAUCCCACGAAGCGAUAUGGCAGCUACGCCUUCCGGGCCGCCGAUGAGAACGGAGAUCACGGUCUAUGGAUCAGCUACGACGAUCCGGACUCGGCCUCUGGAAAGGCCAAGUACGCCAGGGACAGGAACCUGGGAGGAGUGGCGCUGUUCGAUCUAACCCAAGACGACUUCCGCGGCCAGUGCACCCAGGAUCGGUUCCCCAUGCUGCGUGCCAUCAAGUACAGACUUCUCUAGGCCCAAUCCCCACCAUAAUCCAGACAUCAUCAGCACGCAAAUGUCACAAGGAAAACUGUGGGGCAGCUAAAACAAAUGUCAACCGAUCGGUGGCUUAGGCCUCCUUCUGUGUCUGUCCCUUUUUGCAAAUUAAUUACAAAGUUGUAAACUAAAAUGCACCGCAAAUUAAUUCGAUGGGCUUGGUCUUCAAGGGAGGAGCGGAGUGGAGGGAAGAGCAGUGCACUGAGAGGAAAAUGGUUAACAAAGUUUAUUGAAUGCAGUUUACUGAACGAAAUUUAACUGGAAAUGAUGUCUGGAUUAUCUCUUUUGUCUCAACAAUAAUGUUAUGUUUUAUUUUGUUUAUGACUAUUUCAAUUACAAUAAUUAAAUAAAAUAACCAGAAAACUA